CAAUAAAACACAUGUACAGUUAUCAACUAAACGCGCUUGUUUUCUUCAUGCGUGUUUUGAUUGGACGGCUGAUGGUUGUCUCCGCCCACAUUGUGCCGUUUCCAUGACAACUCAACAUGGCCGCACACGGAGGACAACCUGUUUUGUCCUCCACACCACUGCAGAUCCUGUUUCACUUGAACGGCUGGUAUUUUGCAGCUUUCUUCAUCGCUGAGAUUCUUAUGUUUAUCUACAAAGGGGUGAUCCUCCCUUACCCACAAGCCAAUCUGAUAUUGGAUGUUUUCCUGCUGCUCCUCUUCUUGGGCCUGGAAACCCUCAGACUCUUCUAUGGCUGGAAGGGGAACCUGUGUCAGCGCUCUCUGGCUCUGUUUGUGAGUGUUGCUGUUCUGGUGCCCUGUGCGGUGCUGAGCGUCUACUACCUGCUGCUGCAGACCUUUGUGUUACGGCUGGAGGUUGUGCUCAAUGCUGUGCUGCUCUGCUUCUACAGCUUUGAGCUGAUUCUGGGGCUCAUAACCCUCUCCGUUUUUUCAAGGGCCAACAUUUAUUAAUUCCAUCUGCUUUUGUGACGUCUGAAUGAAAACACUGAACUGAAUAAGCUUGCAGGCUUUCAGAUUGAGGGCCGUCAAGAUCUGCAAUACAUUUAAAUGACAUAAAACAGACAUUUCAUUUGUACAGUUUUUCAAACAAGUAUAUCACGUUGAUCUUGAGAUGUUUUAAAGGCUAUUUUCAGUGUACCCUGAUUUUUAUAAAUAAUGCAUUCUUAAUUGCUAUGUAAAUGUAUUUAUGUAAAUAAAGUUUGCCAUUAUUAGAGUGAAACAA